UCUCUCUCUCUCUCUCUCUCUCUCUCUGUUGUUUCUCAUCUUAGAAGUUACGACGUUGAAAAGCUCAUCAUCCCCUGUUCUGCAUUUUGAUUCAAAUGGUGUGAUCGGUGAACAACAUCGAUCUUUCCUUCAGAAAAUUUAUUAAAGAAGAAAGGAGAAAAAUGCCACAAGAACUAACGAGAGGAUUAAAGGGUUUGGUGUCCACAAGCAAUGGAGAUUAUGAGCUUGCUCAACGAAAAGCUGAAGAAACAGCCAAGAGAAGGUACCAAGCGGUGGCAUGGCUAAGGAAGAUGGACCAAGGUGCGGCGGAGACACUGCCAGAAAAACCAUCGGAAGAAGAGUUCUGCCUCACCCUCCGCAACGGCCUCAUUCUCUGCAACGUCCUCAACAAAGUCAAUCCCGGUUCAGUUCUCAAGGUGGUUGAGAAUCCUAUCACAUUAGCUAUUCAAUACGCAGAAGGAGCUGCUCAAUCCGCAAUUCAAUAUUUUGAGAACAUGAGGAACUUUCUUAAAGCUGUAGAGGAUAUGCAACUUUUGACAUUUGGAGCUUCUGAUCUUGAAAAGGGAGGCUCGUCGAACAAAGUAGUAGAUUGCAUUUUGUGUUUGAAAGGGUUUUACGAGUGGAAACAAGCAGGUGGAGUUGGAGUAUGGAGGUAUGGAGGAACCGUGAGGAUAGUCUCAUUAAAUCCCAAAGGCUCGUCUUUAACGAGCUUGUUACUUGGUAGCGAAAGUAACACUGAUGAGUCUGUCUCUUUGGACGAAUCCGAGACUUCUCAGUAUGACCAGCUUUUGGAUUUUCUUCACCUCUCUAAUGAGAUCUCAACUGAGGAAUCUGAAACUGCAAUUUCCAUGGCCUUUCUUUUUGAUCAUUUCGCGCUUCAGCUUCUACAUGCUUACCUCAAGGAGAGUGAUGGGAUCAACAAUCUUCCUUUAAAUGAGACGGUGAUCGAUACCUUGCUCAAUAGGGUAGUUAAGGAUUUCUCUGCAAUACUAGUUUCUCAGGGCAAUCAGCUCGGUUCGUUUCUAAGGAAGAUACUGAAAUGUGAUGAUGGGGAUCGAUCAAGAUCAGAGUUUUUAGAAGCAGUCUUCAGAUAUCUUAGACACAGAAAGGAUUUGGUGUCAAAGGAGUUUUCAAAGUUCUGUAAGUGUGGUGGUAAGCCAGAGAUUAUUGGAUCAAGCGUUCGAGAGUUUUCUCCUGCUCAUUCAGAAGCUAUUGGUCUUCAAAAGAAAGAGCUAGAGGAAGUAAAAUCAUGUGUUGUGGAAACGAGAUGCCAAGUUAAACAAAUGCAAUCAGAAUGGCAAGCAGAGCUUCAACGGAUAGUUCAUCACGUUAAGGACAUGGAAGUUACAUCUUCUUCUUACCUCAAGGUCCUAGAGGAAAAUCGCCUACUUUACAAUGAGGUCCAAGAUCUGAAAGGCACCAUUAGAGUCUACUGCAGAGUCAGACCUUUCUUACAAGGAACAAAAGAUAUGCAAUCAACUGUAGAUUAUAUUGGCGAAAAUGGUAAUAUUAUGAUUGUCAAUCCUCUUAAGCAGGAGAAAAAUGCAAGGAAAAUCUUUGCCUUCAACAAAGUAUUUGGACAGAAUGUAUCACAAGAGCAAAUCUACGCGGACACUCAACCGGUAAUAAGGUCCGUUCUUGAUGGAUUCAAUGUUUGCAUCUUUGCGUAUGGACAAACUGGUUCAGGGAAAACAUAUACAAUGAGUGGGCCGGAUCUGAUGACUGAGACAACUUGGGGAGUGAACUACCGAGCUCUACGUGAUCUAUUCCAGCUAUCAAAUGAAAGAACGCAUGUGGUGACUUAUGAAAUUGGAGUCCAAAUGAUUGAAAUAUACAAUGAACAAGUUAGAGAUUUACUAGUCAGUGAUGGUUCUUCAAGAAGGCUAGACAUACGCAAUAAUUCUCAAAUCAAUGGCCUUAAUGUACCUGACGCAAGCCUGGUUCCAGUUUCUAGUACUCAAGAUGUUCUUGAUUUGAUGAGGAUUGGCCAAAAGAACCGUGCAGUAGGCGCCACUGCUUUGAAUGAGAGGAGCAGCCGUUCUCAUAGUGUCUUUACCGUUCAUGUCCAAGGAAAAGAGUUGGCCUCAGACUCCAUUUUAAGAGGCUGCCUUCAUCUAGUGGACUUAGCUGGUAGUGAGAGAGUUGAAAAAUCCGAAGCCGUGGGAGAGAGACUCAAAGAAGCUCAACACAUAAAUAAAUCAUUGUCUGCACUAGGAGAUGUCAUCGCAGCACUUGCCCAAAAGAGUUCCCACGUUCCAUACAGAAACAGCAAGCUUACACAAGUUCUACAAGAUUCCUUAGGUGGGCAAGCCAAAACAUUGAUGUUUGUGCAUAUUAACCCUGAAGUUAACGCGGUAGGAGAGACUAUAAGCACCCUUAAGUUUGCUCAAAGAGUUGCGUCCAUCGAACUUGGAGCAGCUCGAUCAAACAAGGAAACUGGCGAAAUCCGAGAUCUUAAAGACGAGAUAUCCAGCCUCAAAUUAGCAUUGGAGAAGAAGGAGGCAGAGCUUGAAAAAUUGCGAGCUGGUAACAUCCGGAACACAAAUGAUUGUCAGAGAGCAAGAGCAGUUUCUCCUUUCCAUCUCCCAAAAUAUGGUAACGGUGCUGGAACUAAAUCUGAGGCAAGUCCACAGCCAAAUGACAACAACAGAAGUUUCUCAACAGAGAAACAGAGGAAGUCAAGGUUUCCAUCUGCAUUGAGAAACAGAGAAGCAAGCCCAAAGAUGCCAAAUCUAGCAGAAGAGAGGUUAAAUCCAAGAUCACCAUCUCCUCCUAGUAGGAGAUCGUUAUCUACUGAUAGAGGAUCUUCCAUCAAAAGCAGGAAUAAACCUGACGUUUCUCAAAACCUUCCGGUUUCAAGAACUCCUUUCCCAGCUAGAGUCCCAUUAGCCAAAUCCUUUGCAACUGUUCCAUUGAACCCAUCAGCACAAAACAGGCUUCGUGUAGAUAACACCUCAGAGACAUUUCAUAACCAUGAGAAGCUAAGCGCAAGAAAGCUUUUCCCCGAGGUUGAUGAGCAACAUGUCAUGAGGCAUGCACUUAACAUUCGUCAAGGUGGGGUUAAGAAGACCAAAGCAGAGAGCAGCAAAGCCAAGGCAAAGCAACCAUCGCCGGGUAGGUUUCAGAAACUCGAUGUUGGGAUCAGUUUACGUUCUGAGGUGGAUUCUGAAGCAAAGAUCGAAAGUUAUCAGUCGCAAAAGGGGAACAAUCACAACGUGAUGCACUCAAGAUUCCAAAACUUCGACGUUGGUAUCAGCUUGUUCUCUGAUCUCUGUGCUGGAGACAAAUCAGAUUCAACAACACUCAAGAGUGAUGAUUCCUCAGAGGUAGACAACGAGCAUAUACUCGUUGAACCACCUUUGAAAUUGAAGAAUUCACAAAGAAAAUUCUCUGCAAACUCCCAAAACCACAGACUAAGGACGAUUUAUGCUCAUGAGGACACUUCACUCGUGACUAAACUGGAGGACAAGCCUUCAAAUGGUAUGAAUGAAGGUAAUAGUAAUGUAUCUAUGCCUGAGUUUAGGAGAAGUCGUUCAAGGAAUCAUGGAAGGUUUAUGGUGUUACCAUAGAAACAUGUCCCAAAACUACAACAAAUCUAUAUCAGACAUCUAUAUAUAUAUAUGUAUAUGUAUCAUUUGUACAGACACAAUUUGAAGUUUGAGUUUUUUUUUUUCUGGGUUUUGUUUGUGAUAUCCU